UGUCUCUCAUCUUCGAUUUCUAAUUUCGAAUAAUUUUUUAUCAAGAAAAAAGAAAUUAAAACUUCUGAUUAUAGAAUUUUUUUUGAAGGUUUAGAAAUCAUGACAAUCAUGGAACAAGAAGGUAAAAUCCUUGAAAAGGAGAACAAAAUUGCAGUUUUGAAUCCACGAAAGCAAGAAGAGACCACAGAAGACGGCGACAGUGAGGCGAAACGGAGGCUGGAAGUUAAAGCCGAGGAAGGCGAUUCCGAUGAAGAUAGCGACGGAGAUGAGAGCGACGGUGACGACGAUGAAGGAGUCGAAGAUAACAAUAGCGAUGGUGACGACGAUGUUCAGCUCUUAAACUCCUCUGGUGGACCGCCGGUUCAGUCAGCCGAAGACGAUGAAGAGGAAGAGGAUGGGAAUAAAGACGAGGAAGACGACGGAGAUGGCGACGACGACGACGAUGAGAGCGUUGAUGAUGAAGAUGAUAGCGACGACGUUCAGAUUCUACACUCGUCCGGCGGACCGCCGGUUCUGUUAGCAGACGAUGAGGAUGAUGGAGAGGGAGGUGACGAAGAUGAGGAAGAUGACGAAGGUAUGGAAGAUGACGAGGAAGAGGACGACGAUGAUGACGUGCAGGUUUUACACUCUUCUGGUGGUCCGCCGGUGCUGGUUGCGGAUAACGACGACGGAGAAGACGUUGAGAAUGACGAAGAAGAUGACGGCGGUGACGAUGACGACGACGACGACGAUGAUGACGACGAGGAUGACGUGGACGAGGAUGAUGUUUCUGAAGCUGAGGAUAUGGGAACCGAAUAUCUGGUUAGACCAAUUGUUCGCGCUGAAGAUGAGGAAGAUGCCAGCGAUUUUGAACCUGAGGAAAAUGGAGAGGACAAUGAUAUUGAUGAGGAGGAUAUAGAUGAUGAUGAGCCUGCUGGUAAGGUAGAGGAUCCAAAAAAGAGGAAGAGAUCCGGUAAAGAUGAUACGGACGAUUCCGAUGAUUCUGAUGGUGGUGAAGAGGACGACGAGAGACCAUCAAAACGAUAGAUGAUGGUGCUUGGGUUGGUUCGGAGGACUGACCGUUAACAUAUAGGUCGAUCUCUCUAUCCCUUUUGCUCUUUUCCAUCUUUGUAGAAAGAAGAAUAGAAUCUGUUUUGGGAUUUAUGUUUUUAAAAAAAUCCUGUGGUUUUAGGAUUAUAAGAUGUUCUUAAUUUUAAUUUGGUAAACUCAUAGUCAUGUUGGGGUCAAGAAAGAUUUCAUUUCUGUAAGUUAAUACUCUUUAGCUAAUCUCUCAAAUCUGUAGGAUUUUAAUUGAGGAUUGAUUGUUUGUCUUUGUCCUGUGAUUAGUUUUAGCAUGUCUCAUUGUGGAA